GUCUCCCACCCCCUCCGUCUUCACAUACAACCGCAGCAGCGGCAGCAAACCAAGUUUAAACUUUACUAAACACUCACAAAUCAAAUCACAAUGUCUGGCCGUGGAAAGGGUGGCAAGGGUCUCGGAAAAGGUGGUGCGAAGCGUCACCGUAAGAUUCUUCGUGAUAACAUUCAAGGCAUUACAAAGCCUGCUAUUCGUCGUCUCGCCCGUCGUGGCGGUGUCAAGCGUAUUUCUGGUCUUAUCUAUGAGGAGACCCGAGGUGUUCUCAAGAUCUUCCUGGAAAACGUUAUUCGUGAUUCUGUAACCUACACUGAGCACGCAAAGCGGAAAACCGUAACUGCACUCGAUGUUGUGUACGCACUAAAGAGGUCGGGGAGGACGCUGUAUGGUUUCGGAGCAUAGACAUUUCACGGACGCUUGUUUUGGGGUUCGGUGUAUUAUCGGUGUAUCUUUAUUGAGUUGUACUUCUAGUCUCCUAAUUCAUCCUCGCAUC